AAUAUGCUGAUUCAUAUGGACAAAGAAGCUCGUGUAUUUGGGCAAGCUGUUUUUUCUCUCCAUGUUUUAUUUAUUGCCGGAGUGCUGUCUGUUAUUGGAAACGCAAAAACAAAUGGACUUGUGCAAGAAACAGAAACUGUUCUCCAAGAGCUUCUGCAGUAUGAAGUAGUUCACCCCCACAGAGUUGAUUCAACAGGACGGUUUCUAUCAAACUUUGUGUCCCAUCGUGUGAGUCGUAUUCAGCGACGUGCAGCUUCAUUGGACUCUGGGAACCUGGCUAGAGUUUUCUACCAUCUGCAGUAUGGUGGACAAGACUUACACUUUAACCUUACCCUGAACCCGUAUCUGUUGGCCCCUGGCUUUCUCACAGAAAGGAGAUAUGGAGGCCUUCGAGGAUCUACAUUGCAUGCUCAUGACCGCUCUCUUUGUUAUUUCCUUGGGGAGGUGUGGAGUAAAUCAACCAUGAAGGGUCAAGCUGCUGUUAGCACCUGUGAUGGACUAACAGGACUCUUCAAGUUGUCUGGGGAGGAAUUCUUCAUCAGACCCUUGGAGCAGAGUCAAGGAGAGGUUGCACCACAAGCCCAUGCCAUCUAUAAACGUCACGCUUCUCAUGUCCACAGCCCGUUGGUACAGCCUCUCCAUGUGGCACAAGCAGCUAAUGGGACCUGUGGAGUCAAAGGAGCUUCAGUGAAGUGGGAGAGGCAACGGGAACGCUGGGAGAGACGGCAGAACCGAAGAAGAAUCCGGCAACGCUCUGUCAGCAGGGAAAAGUGGGUGGAGACAUUGGUGGUAGCUGACCCCAAAAUGGUGGAAUACCAUGGCAGCAAAGGAGUGGAGAGUUACGUUCUAGCUGUCAUGAACAUAGUGGCAGGGUUGUAUCAGGAUCCCAGCAUUGGAAAUGCCAUCAACAUAGUGGUUGUUCGUCUCAUUCUGCUGGAACAGGAUGAGGAGGAUCUAAAGAUCACCCAUCAUGCUGACAACAGUCUGAACAGCUUCUGCAAGUGGCAGAAACAACUCAAUAUGAAGGGGGAUGAACAUCCAACGCAUCAUGAUGUGGCUGUCCUCCUGACCAGGAAGGACAUCUGUGCUGCCAUCAAUAAGCCAUGUGAGACAUUAGGACUAUCUCACGUGGCCGGAAUGUGCCAACCCCACCGCAGCUGCAGUAUCAGUGAGGACACAGGUCUGCCACUGGCUUUCACAGUAGCACAUGAGCUAGGUCACAACUUUGGGAUUCAGCAUGAUGGGAGUGGCAAUGACUGUGAGCCAGUUGGAAAAAGACCUUUCGUCAUGUCUCCACAGCUUCUGUAUGGAACUUCUCCUCCAAGCUGGUCUCGCUGCAGCCGCCAGUACAUCACCCGCUUUCUGGAUCGAGGCUGGGGCUGGUGCCUUGAUGACCCCCCCGUGAGAAAUGAGUUGACUCAGCUCUCUCUGCCCCCUGGCGUCCUCUACACUGCUGCCCAUCAGUGCCAACUGCAGUACGGCUCCAGCUCCGUGCUCUGCGAUGACAUUGACAAUAUCUGCAGUACCCUGUGGUGUACAGUUGAAAACCGCUGUCAUUCAAAGUUGGAUGGUGCUGUGGAUGGGACCAAAUGUGGUGAGGAGAAGUGGUGUUUUCAGGGAGAAUGUGUGCCCGUUGGGUAUAGACCUGAGGCUGUGAAUGGGGGCUGGGCACCAUGGAGUGAGUGGUCAGUCUGUACUAGAACAUGUGGUGCAGGAGUGCAGAAUGCCCAGAGAGACUGCAUCAAUCCAGUACCCAAGUUUGGAGGGAAGUACUGCGUGGGGGAGCGUCGUAGGUACAGAAUAUGUAACACUAACCCCUGUCCUCUUGACCAGCCCACUUUCAGACAUAUCCAAUGUAGCCAGUUCAACACUAUGCCUUACAAAGGCAAGUUCUACAAAUGGGUUCACGUGAACAAUAGAGUUAAUCCAUGUGAACUUCACUGCCGGCCUGUGAAUGAAUAUUUCUCUGAGAAGUUGCUUGAUGCUGUCAUUGAUGGGACACAAUGCUAUGAGGGCACCUUGAGCCGUGACAUGUGCGUUAAUGGCAUCUGUAAGAGUAUUGGCUGUGACUAUAAGAUUGACUCUGAUGCAGUAGAGGACCGUUGUGGGGUAUGUCACGGCAAUGGUUCUACCUGUGAGACUGUAAAGAAGACCUUUGAAAGGAGCGAGGGCCUGGGCUAUGUGGACAUUGGUCUAAUUCCAGAGGGAGCGCGGGACAUCCGCAUUGAGGAGGUGGCAGAGGCUGAGAACUUCCUGGCUUUACGCAGCAAUGACCCUGAAAAAUACUUUCUGAAUGGGGGGUGGACCAUUCAGUGGAAUGGAGACUACAAAGCAGCAGGGACUGUGUUCACCUAUGAGAGAACUGGUCAUCUGGAAAACCUCACCUCCCCUGGACCAACCAGAGAGCCAGUGUGGAUUCAGCUGCUCUUCCAGGAGACCAAUCCAGGAGUUCGAUAUGAAUAUACCAUCAGCAGAGACACCCAUCUAGACAACAUCCCUGUCUCAGAAUUCCAGUGGAUAUAUGGAUCUUGGACAGAGUGCAGUGCCACCUGUGGGACAGGUGUCCAGAGACAAAUUGUUCAUUGUGUGGAGAGGACUACUGGGAUUGUUGAGGAGCAUUACUGUGAUCCAGCCACUCGUCCAGAUGACAAGAGUGCCAGCUGCAAUGAGAACUUAUGCCCUGCAGUAUGGUGGGUUGGUGAGUGGCAGAAGUGUUCAUCAAGCUGUGGAAACUCUGGGCUGACAAAGAGAACAGUGCUUUGUAUUCAGGGUGUGGGGCUUGAAGAGCAACAAGCCCUGGAGCAUUCUGAAUGUCAGCACUUGCCCAGGCCUGAGUCAGUUACCCCCUGUAACACACAUGUGCUCUGUCCUGCUGACUGGACCACAGGCAAUUGGUCAGAGUGCUCAGUGACAUGUGGAACUGGACUGCAAAGACGUGAGGUUAUCUGCACGUGGAACACGGGAGCUGACUGUGACCCACAAAAUAAGCCUAAUUCUACAUUGGAAUGCCAUGUUGAGGACUGCCCCACAAAUGAUGUCUUUGGCAACGACUGGUCUGGAAGUGGAUCUUCCAGCAAAGAAAUAUUCAAUGAAAUUAACUCCUUACCUCAUGACAAUCACCUGCUUAAAUUUAACAUCGGGCCAACCAGAGCUCAACCAAGCAGCAAUGAUGAUUUAAAUAAUUUUAUUUAUGGAGACUUCACUUAUCACAAUCACAUAGAGGAUCCGUCUGACAAUUCUAUCAAAAACAAUGUUGAAGUUGAUGAUUUCUAUUAUGAUUAUAACUUCAUAAAAUUUCAUGAAGACCUGUCGUAUGACCCUGAUGAAGACGGAAGGGUUUUAUCUGAUAACUCAGGAGCAAAUCCUAAACAGGAACCCAAACCCAGUCCCACGACAACUGAAAAUACUUACUGGAAAGGCUCAGAUGUUUCCGUUGCUACCUCGCUCAUACCAACAUCUGCCUCUGAAAUUCAGCUGAAUGCCAAUACUUUGUCUUAUAAUACUAAUUAUGAGGAUCUAAAGGAUCCUAAGUCUGAGGUUUCAAUAGAUGAAAAUGACUUUGCAACAGACUGGCCUGAUGAAAAUGCCUCAGAGAAUGAGGAUGUUAAUUUUCCAGAUGACUAUUUUCUGCUUGUUUCCACUACUGAAACUCCUUCGUCUAUGACUAGGUUUUUUCAGAGACUGAAAGAGUCAAAUGUUGAUCCUUACUCAACUCAGAGCCACAAUGUUAUACAUAACCAAUCGCCAACUGAUGAGGAACGAUUCAAAGACCAGCACACAACAUCUCAUGUAACACUUCCAGAUGGACUUGUCACACAAGAGUCUACUGUUGAUUUGAGUGAGGCUGAUAGUACAAAUUAUGACUUUUAUGAAAAGGCUUACAAAAUGUAUGAAGAUGCAACUGAAAUGCCUCUUGGUCAUAGGCACUACUAUGAGGUAUUUUCUGAAGAUUAUUUUGGGGAGCGAAAAAGAGAAGAGAAAGAAAUAGAUGUUGGUGAAGAUGUUCUUUGGAGUGAAAGUGAAUGGGAGGUUCUGUCACCGCAGGAAAGCACAGUUUCUCCUACUGCAUUUAAUGCAUUUGACUCUGAAGCCCACAAGGACAUGGAAACGACUCAACCUCAGUGGCUGGAGACUUCACCAUGGACACCCCUGAGCACAGCCAACACUGAGGGACAAAACCUUGAUCAGUAUGUAGGAACAAAAUUCUCCUCCCACGAUGGACACCAUGAGUCAUCACUCCCUGUAAAUGACAACAUUGUGACCUUAGGUUCUCUUUCUCAAGAGCCAACUCCUUCUCCAGUCCCCUAUAAUUCAGCAGAGGAGAACAGAGGCAUAACCUCAGCAACUGAAAUAGAGCCCCUACCUCCUGCAGAUGUGUACGGUGAUUUGCAGUCUUCACUCCCAAGUUCAGAAGAAAUUCCAGCAGCAACAGCCAACCCCAAAAUCAAGAGAAGGCCCCCUAGUAUCAUUGCACCAGCUGAACCCACUGGACCAGGCCUACCUCAAUUCAGUGGCAUCCCGGCAAGAUCACUAGCAACACCACCUUCUUGGACAGAGAUUGAUUACAAUGAGAUCAUAAUUCCCUCAGUGCUGAAAUCCAGCGGCACUGAAUCUGCUCCAACUGGACAGCCAUCCCAGGACACAAGAAUCAAGGCUUCGAUCCAUUCCAUUGCCAUUAUGAUGCCCACUGAGCCUGCCCCAUCCCCCGAUUUCCAGCCAACCAACAAGAUUGCAGCCUUCUGGAGCACAGGGAACUGGAGCACUUGCUCCACCAGUUGUGGUUUUGGUGCUGUUUGGAGGUUAGUAACCUGCAGCAGUGGUAAUGACUCAGAUUGUGACAUCUCCACGAGGCCAGUUCCAGCUCGCCGUUGCUACCUACGGCCCUGUUCUGCCUGGAGGGUUGGAGAGUGGAGCAAGUGUUCUCAGAACUGUGGUGGAGGAAUAAAGGUGCGCGAGGUUCAGUGUUAUGACAUGCGUGACAAGAGACCACUACGGCCUUUCCACUGUCAGGCCACCUCUGCCAGACCGCCAGCUCAAUUGUCCUGCAACACUCAGCUCUGUCUGGACUGGUAUACCUCAUCAUGGGGUGAGUGUUCAGAGCUCUGUGAAGGAGGAGAGCAACAGCGACUCGUCACCUGUCCAGAGCCUGACCGGUGUAAUGAAUCCUUGCAGCCCAGUCACAUCCAGACCUGUAACAACCAGGCUUGUGCACAAUGGGUUACAGGCUCCUGGGGGCAGUGCUCGGCAUCCUGUGGAGGAGGAGUGCAGCGCCGGCUGGUCAAGUGUGUCAACACCAAGAUAGAGGAGGAGGUGGAGCAUUCCCAGUGUGACCACGAGCCCUGGCCAGAUAACACUCAGAAAUGCAACCUUCAGGAUUGUGACAGUACCCCCUCUGAUCAGGUGUGUCUUCAUAAUCGCCUGACAUUGCGCUUCUGUCAGACUCUGCAGUGGCUUGGCCGGUGUCACCUGCCUACUGUCCGUGCCCAGUGCUGUAAGACUUGCGGGCAGCAUUCCCGUGGCAAUGACCGCACAGCUCGACGCUAAGACCUAAGAGGUUUUCAAGAAAGUAUUAUCAGUCUGGGGAAUAAACCACAUGUUUAAAUAGAAAGAACCACAAAGCAGCUAUGGGCUAAGCCUGUCUAGAACUGUUUUUGCUGGGUUGCCUACUAUAUAUUUACCUGCAGAGUCCUGCUAAGAGCCAUCAGGGAUGUCCCUGGAGGCUGGGAUCUUUGACAUCUGAGGCUGUGUCUAUUUCCAACUCCCAUCUCAGGUGAGGAAAUUAUACACAGGCAAGGGGAUUAUCAAACCAUCUCAUUACAGGCUGAGGAAAAUAAUUUUUAUUUUCUGUACAACAAGAGCUAUUUGUGCUGUGUAGCAGCUUAAUUGGUACAAAACUUUUGUUUUGAUUUUACCUCACAUAUAUGACUGAACCUUACCUGGUAGUAAAUAGAUAUCUUUUUGAGAAAUUAAGGAUCGCCCGUACAUCUGUAUUAUUUUGUUUUAAACAGUAAAUCAGAAUGUUAUUGUCAGAUAUCCUUGUUAUAUUGUUUGCUCUGUGGUUAAGAGAAGCCUUCUAACCCAGCGUGUU